CCCAUUUAAGUGUAUUUUGUUGCAACAUGUUGCCCAAGUUAAAGAAUAAACGUUGGUGGAAGAAGAUCUGUUCGCCGCCGCAUCAAACGGAUCAGACGAAAAACUAUCGCGAUAUUAUUAUAUCAAGUGAGUGCUCUGUGUUGGCCAAUACAACUAGCGGUAGUAGUUCGGAUGGCAGUAGUGCCACAAUUAGUCAAAACACUGGCGAUAGUCUAUCGAAGUCAUCACAAACGGAUCUGGGGAAACUUUUCCCCCGAAAUAUGCCUAGCAUUCGGCGUAGUCGACGUAGUCGCAGUGCCUCGGCGGAGAGAGUGGAUAAGUUGCCCAUUGAACUGCAGCAGCAGCAGCAGCAAUUGACUGCAGUGCCAGCAAAGUCACCACAUCUGAGCAAUCAUCAGGCUCGUCUGUCCACGGUGACCAAGUUGAGUGUGAAAAAGACGUGCUCGAAACCAUCCAAAUGCCUAGUCAAAUCAGCAAUAAAGACCAAAACAAAACCCAAACCAAAGCUGACCUUAGCACCUUAUGACAUAGCCUUGGAAUUGCCGAGUGCAAGGCCAGCACCGACCUUGGCCCUGGCUUUGACCCAUUCGCAAAUGCAACAAACCAAGUUGACUCCCAGUAAUGAUGAACAAUUCCAUUCCUCGGGCAUCUCGUGCAGUGGGGAGACCGAUGAUGAUGUGGAAGUGGCCAUGCUAACGGGUAGUCUUACACCAGCCCAAGUGGCUAAAAUGCAGCAGAAGACUUUGGCUACUCCUGCUCCAUUGGCCUUCACCGAUUUGCGUAAUUUGAAUAUGUGUCGCAAUCGGAGUGCCGUUUGGCUAAACAAUAAGGAUACGGAACAGUUGAUGCAGCAGCAACAACAAGAUAGAAGGGAUAUUUUCUGCUAUUUCAAUAUGGCCAUUGCUGAUGAUAUACAGUUAAGCGAUAUUGAAGAACAAUUGGCCAGAAUUGAUGGGCAGCAGCAGCAGACGAGCAAGAAAGCAGCCACAACAACAAAAAUGCCGCUCCCACUAGAGGAGGGGGCCAAGAAUUCAGCGCACCUCAACCCCUUGAUCAGUAAAUACAAGCCCACACCCGCACCCCGGCAACAGCUCAAAAUGCAACAGCCCAACAGCAGUUACUAUACCCAGACGGAGAGUGAAUUGCUUCAACUGGAGGCUGGCGGUGCUAAUCUCAGCUAUGCCGCCUCGACAACCUCAUCCACCUGCUCUGGUGGGGCACAACCUCGCCACCACGAACAUCAGACUGUCACUGGCAGCGCUGCGGUAUCCUCCACAUCGCAGGCCAACAAUCUGGAUGUUCCCGGUCCAGCAUCGGCGAGCAGCGGCAGCAGCGGCGGCAGCGUUGGACAUGGACAUUUCGUUUCGCCGCUGCAGCGUCGCCACUGUCAGCCACCCAGCCACUUGCCACUGAACUCGGUGGCCUCGCCAUUGCGGCAGGCCAGCUAUAAGUCAGCGGCCGCUGUCCAGGCCAGCCAUGGCUAUCAUAGUCAUAGUCACCAUCAGCAGUUGGACUUUCAGCGCAACUCGCAGUCGGACGAUGACAGUGGUUGUGCCUUGGAGGAAUACACUUGGGUGCCACCGGGUCUGCGACCAGAUCAGGUUCGUUUGUAUUUUAGCCAACUGCCCGAUGAUAAAGUGCCCUAUGUGAACAGUCCUGGUGAAAAGUAUCGUGUUAAACAAUUGCUGCACCAGCUGCCACCCCAAGAUAACGAAGUGCGCUACUGCCAUUCACUGAGCGAUGAGGAGCGCAAGGAGUUGCGCAUCUUCUCGGCCCAAAGGAAACGUGAGGCACUUGGCCGUGGAGCCGUGCGUCUGCUGUCCGAUGAAAGACCCUGCAAGGGGUGCGAGGAACAACUCUCGGGCGGUGACAUUGUGGUCUUUGCUCAGCGUUUGGGCGCCCAAGUCUGUUGGCAUCCCGGCUGCUUUGUCUGCAGUGUGUGCAAGGAGUUGCUGGUGGACUUGAUAUACUUUCAACGGGAUGGCAAUUUGUAUUGCGGACGGCAUCAUGCCGAGACACAGAAACCAAGAUGUUCCUCCUGUGAUGAGAUCAUCUUCUCCGAUGAAUGCACCGAGGCAGAGGGUCACACUUGGCACAUGAAGCAUUUCGCCUGCCAAGAGUGCGAGCAUCAAUUGGGUGGUCAGCGUUACAUUAUGAGGGAGUCCAAGCCAUAUUGUUUGGCCUGCUUUGACACCAUGUUUGCCGAGUACUGCGACUACUGUGGUGAGGUUAUAGGCGUUGACCAGGGUCAGAUGAGUCACGAUGGCCAGCAUUGGCAUGCCACGGAUCAAUGCUUUAGUUGCUGCACUUGUCGCUGUUCCCUGCUGGGCAGACCCUUCUUACCGCGUCGUGGCACCAUCUAUUGCUCCAUAGCGUGCAGCAAGGGUGAACCACCAACGCCAUCGGACACCAGUUCAGGCCCCCAAUUGCGUCCCACUCAUCGUGCUUCCACAUCCAGUCAAAUAGCCAGGUCACCCAGACGCAAUGGCGAGUCCAGAGAUCCCCGGGGCGCAGGAGAGAAUGCUAAAAAGAGUCACGGUCACAAAAGUUCUGGCAGCGCUGGUGAUUUGCUGGAACGUCAAGAGCGCAAACGUAUGGAAGCUGCUGGUGUGGCUGAUCUACUGUUGGGCGGAGGAGUUCCCGGCAUGCCACGUCCUGCCCAUCCACCGCCUAUCGACCUCACGGAACUGGGCAUUAGUCUGGAUAACAUAUGCGCCGGCGACAAGUCUAUCUUUGGCGACACUCAGCUAACAUCCUCUAUGCCCGACAUGCUUCUUUCCAAGGCAGAGGAUUCACACAGCUAUCAGAGCAUUGACAAAAUCAAUUUAAACUCGCCCACUAACUCGGACAUGACUCAGAGCACCCAAGAGCUGGCCAAUGAACUGGAGUUGGACAAUGAACCCAUUCGUGAACUACCCCACGAUGGUUAUGAGCAAUUGUUCGGCAAGCCAGGCCAAGAUGCUGAGGAUGAGCAUUUGGAUAAUCGCCCGCUUAAAGAGGUUCGUUUCCAUAGUGUGCAGGAUACCAUGUCGCGGUCCAAAAGCUACACGGAUAACUCCAACGCACGACGUCGUCGCCGGCGACGUAAUCAAUCGCGUAGCUCCUCGGAAAUGCAAAUCAAUCAGACAAAUCUCCGUCUCCAUAAUGCACAGACUCAAGCCGGCCCAGGAGCCCUCAAUCUAGUAAGCAAUCUGGAUAACUGCGAUGUGGCCAGCAUUUGCUCCACCUGCUCGUCAAGCUCCUCCAGUGACAUGGAUGACUAUGUCUAUCGGCUGCCCGCCCGCAAACACUAUGGCGGUGUUCGUGUGGCCUAUGUGCCCAACGAUGCCCUGGCCUAUGAGAGGAAGAAGAAGCUGGCUCAAUCUUCGCAUGAGCCACAGACAGCCAAUGGCAUUCCAGCGAUUAUGCACGAGAGUAAGAAUUGCACAAUAUCAUGACCACCUCCCAUUUUACCGCCUCCGCCGCUCAAUUUGGGGAGCUACUACAUAUUGGAUACCAUUCUGGAAGAACAGUCAUCCAUGUUGCCCGAAAAGAAACCAGGCUGCUUGAGACGUGUAUGGAAUUUUUUUGGCUUGGGUAAGCACAGAAAUGGCAGUGGCAACGGCAGUGGGACUGUCUAUGGGUAUGGAAAUGCCAAUGGACGUUUAUAUAGCGUGUAAAUAGAACAUAUCGAAAUGGAAGACAACUGUAUUAUAUACAAAUCUAUACAUAUAUUCUAACUUUGUACAAAGCAAAAACACUUUACAUAUAUCAUAUUUGCAUUUACAUUUAGCCUACUCUUAGCAUUAGUUUAAGCAAGACAGCGAAAACCGAGAACGCAAUCAACGAACAAUAAAUACACAGAUAUUUAAAACAGAAACUGCCAACGAAACAAAUAAUAAAUACAAAAAACCCAAGAGGGAAAAGUGAAAGUCUCUCAUAUAUAGCCAAAUGUGCAAUAAUUUUUUUCCAAUAGCAAAAAAUAAAGAAGAACUUCAACUUAGCUUCCACUUCAUCUAAAUAGAUAUGCAAAAUGAUUUC